UCUCUCCGAAACGCAGUCGUGUUGUCUCACAGAUAGAAGGUCCGCUCGACAAUACGAAGUCGCGAAUCCUAGGUUUUCUUCCGGAGGUCAGAAGGAGGCAACGGUUUUUGUGUAGGGAACCCUAUAUCGGAUGGCGGCUGCAGCGACAGCGAGCGUGGUUCCUGCGGGGAGGGCGGCACGGAGGGCGAUGGAGGAUGACAAGUUGGUCUUUGAGACGUCGCCUGGUGUAGACCCGAUUAUGAGCUUCGAUAAGAUGGGAAUCAAGGACGAUUUGCUUCGUGGAAUCUAUGCAUACGGCUUUGAGAAGCCCUCCGCAAUCCAGCAGAGGGCUGUCAUGCCUAUUAUUCAGGGCCGAGACGUCAUCGCACAGGCACAGUCCGGUACCGGCAAGACCUCAAUGAUUGCCCUAACUGUUUGCCAGAUGGUCGAUACAGCUAACCGAGAGGUCCAGGCCUUGAUAUUGUCACCUACGAGGGAACUUGCAUCUCAGACAGAGAAGGUCAUAUUGGCGAUUGGAGAUUAUAUUAACAUACAAGCACAUUCAUGUAUUGGUGGAAAAAGUGUGGGUGAGGAUAUCAGAAAGCUAGAACAUGGAGUUCAUGUGGUAUCUGGAACUCCAGGCAGGGUGUGUGACAUGAUUAAGCGAAGAACUCUUCGUACCAGAGCCAUUAAAUUAUUAGUCCUUGAUGAGUCUGAUGAAAUGUUGAGCAGAGGUUUCAAGGAUCAAAUUUAUGAUGUAUAUAGAUACCUUCCCCCAGAGCUUCAGGUUGUCUUGAUCUCUGCUACGCUUCCACAUGAAAUUUUGGAGAUGACAACCAAGUUCAUGACAGACCCUGUAAAGAUCCUUGUGAAACGUGAUGAGUUGACUCUGGAGGGCAUCAAGCAAUUCUUUGUUGCAGUCGAAAGAGAGGAGUGGAAGUUUGAUACUCUCUGUGACCUGUAUGAUACCCUUACAAUCACCCAAGCUGUUAUUUUUUGCAAUACCAAGCGUAAGGUGGAUUGGUUAACUGAGAAGAUGCGCAGCUAUAACUUUACCGUGUCAUCAAUGCAUGGGGACAUGCCACAGAAGGAGAGAGAUGCUAUUAUGCAAGAGUUUCGGUCUGGGGCAACCCGUGUCUUGAUCACUACUGAUGUUUGGGCUCGGGGUCUGGAUGUUCAACAGGUUUCUCUGGUGAUCAAUUAUGACCUUCCGAACAAUCGUGAGCUCUACAUUCACCGGAUUGGUCGUUCUGGUCGAUUUGGACGCAAGGGUGUGGCUAUAAAUUUCGUCAAGACUGAUGAUAUCAAGAUCCUAAGAGACAUUGAGCAGUACUACAGCACCCAGAUUGAUGAGAUGCCGAUGAAUGUUGCUGAUCUGAUAUAAAUGUUACCGAUGAUAACUAAUUAACUGUUUAGUGGAUUGGGGGUGAUGCAGAGUUGUGUAGUUGAUGUUUGUGGUUGGACCAUCUUUUUUCUUCGGAUGAAAUUGUGCACAAGUGGUUGGUUGAUUGGUAUUUGUGGCGGGGAUGUUCUGAUGACGAGUGAUUUGAGGAUUCUUCAUUCUGUUUUUUUAUUAGAAUUUUUCUGGUUCUUGUUCUUUUAUGCAUAUUGGACUGCUUUUAAUCGGAGAGGUUAAUUCUAGGUUUUUGCGAAAGAUUUGAACCUUUUGUAUGUUAAUUUGUUUAUAGUAUAAUGUUCGACUACAUUGGUUUUUU